CCGCCCACUCCACGCAGUGACUGACGGGGAACCUUUACCGAGAGCCGGUGUACUUGGGGGAGAGUCCGGUGUAGCCCUGCGCUGGCAGCCGUUCCCCUACAAUGGACUUCUCAAGGUUCCUAGCCGAUGACUUUGAGGUGAAGGAGUGGGUGAAUACUGCGUUUAAGUCCGUGCAGAAAGACACACCGGGGAAAGUAGAUGCACAUGCUGCCACCUUGGUUAUGAAACUGCAGUUAUUCAUCCAGGAGGUGAACAACUCGGUGGAAGAGACUAGUCACCAGGCCCUGCAGAACAUGCCCCGUGUGCUGCGGGAUGUGGAGGCUCUGAGGCAGGAAGCAACAUUCUUGAAAGAGCAAAUGAUUCUGGUCAAGGAGGACAUCAAGAAGUUUGAGCAGGACACAGCGCAGUCUAUGCAGGUUCUGGUGGAGAUGGAUAAAGUAAAGUCCCGCAUGCAGCUGGCUUCAGAGUCCCUUCAGGAAGCUGAUAAGUGGAGUACACUUAGUGCAGACAUAGAGGAAACCCUCAAAUCACAGAACAUCACUGUCAUCUCUGAGAAGCUGACCAGUAUGCAGGUGAGCCUUGCAAUGCUGGUGGAUACUCCGGAUUACUCCGAGAAAUGUGUCUACCUAGAGGCUCUGAAAAAUCGCUUGGAAGCUAUGUGCAGUCCCCAGAUAGUUGCAGCUUUCAACAGCCAGUCUACAGACCAGGGUAAAAUGUUUGUGAAGGUCUUCAGCGAGAUUGACAGGAUGCCCCAGUUGCUGGCGUACUAUUACAAAUGUCACAAGGUGCAGCUGGUGUCCGUGUGGCAGGAGCUUUGCCAGAGCGAGAUGUCCCUUGACCGGCAGCUGACGGAGUUCUAUGACACCUUACUGAGCGCGUGGCACACACAGCUGCAGUGGGUCUCCCAGGUAUUUAAGAAGCCGCAUGAGGUGGUUACUGUCCUGCUGAUCCAAACUCUGGCUGCCAUGGUCCCUUCUAUUCCGGUGUGUCUGAGCAUUGCCAUGGAGCGGGCCAACCCUGAGCACAAGCUGAGCACGUUGCUGGAGCUCUACCAGACCACCAGUCACUUUGCUAAGGCUCUAGAAGCUGCUAUCACGCCCAAUAUUGGGGAGCACAAUUUGGUGAAGGUGACGGAGCUGGUGGAAGCAGUAUACGGUGCAUAUAAACCUUUCCAGCUGCAGUAUGGGGACUUGGAGGAAUCUCACCUUCUAAUACAGAUCAGUACUAUACCUCUGGAACACGGUGAGGUUCUAGAUUGUGUCCAGGAGCUCUCACAGUCCGUGUCUCGGCUCUUCAGCCUGGCUUCUGGUGCAGUGGAGCGAUGUAUGAAGUUAACGGAUGGGCUGGGGGUGUGCGGUCUGCUACAGGCUCUACAAGCUCUGUUUAAAAAAUAUGUGUCAGAUUUCACAAACACGCUACAGUCAAUAAGGAAGAAGUACAAGUUGGACAGUGUCCCUACUGAUUCCCUAUUCCUGGAAGAUUGGACGGCGUUCCAGAACUCAGUCAGGAUCAUUGCCACUUGCGGGGAGCUGUUACGGCAGUGCGGAGACUUUGAACAACAGCUGGCAAGCUGGAUCCUGUCCACAGCUGGGAAACACCUGUCUGAGUCUUACAGCCCACGCAGCCUUACCGGCAUGCAGGAAUCCAGUGCCACUGAGCGCAAGAGCAGCAGAAACCCUUGGCAGGAGUACAACUAUCUGCAGAAGGGCGACCCAGCAGAGUAUGGCAGCCUGAUGGAGACAUUGUACAUGCUGAAGGAGAAGGGAGCAGUCAACACCAGUCUUCUAUCCACCGCCCGCUCUGCUCUCACGCGCCAGAACCAGGUAGCCCACCAACUGGCGUUUGAUUCCGUCUUCCUGAAGAUAAAGCAGCAACUUCUGCUGGUGCCCAAGAUGGAGAGCUGGGGCUAUGAGGAAUCCGGGGAAACGCUGACAGAAGAUCUGCCCACAUUUAGUCUCACUCCCCUGGAAUACAUCAGUAACAUUGGCCAGUACCUCAUGUCCCUGCCUCUACAUCUGGAGCCUUUUGUGACCCCAGAAGACUCCACUCUGGAACUGGCAUUGCAUGCUGGGAAACUGCCCUAUCCUCCUGAACAAGGGGAAGAGACCCCAGAACUGGACAACAUGGCCGAUUACUGGCUGGGAUCCCUGGCGAGAGCCACCAUGCAGACGUACUGUGAUGUCAUCCUGCAGAUCCCGAUCCUGACACCACAUUCCAGCAAGCAGCUUGCCACCGAUAUAGAUUAUCUGAUUAACGUCAUGGAUGCCCUGGGCUUGCAGCCCACACGCACUUUGCAGAACAUUGUCACUCUGGUGAAGACCAAACCUGAAGAAUACCGACAAGCUGCGAAGGCCAUACCCAGGAAAUUUUCCUCCUCCGUUGCAGCAAUGAGAAGCAUCGAGUACUGACCGGACGUUGCCCCACAGUCACCAGAUAACAAUCGGUUCACACACACUCUGUUGGAAUACACACGUCAUGGAUUGGUCAUGCCUGGUCACGUGGUGUCCACCCUACAACCUGACACUCAAAGGACUGCGGUGGUCGGAGAUGUAACUUCUCUAUCAGACAAGGCAAAGUACUGUAAACUUUACUGCCAAUCAGCAAUAAAUAUUUUAUUAGUGACUUUU